GUCCUGAAACAGAGAACAAUGGAAAGGUAAGGAAUCAAUAGAUACGCACUAUCGAUCGUGUGGUCACUAGCAACCAUUGCCGCUUUGGCCAUGGCCUUGUAUUCCGGAUGUGUGGCUCGCGCUCACGUGAGUGUGUGGACGCGAGGGAGCCACAGUUCGACGAACGCAUAAAUACCCUGCGCUUUGACCGUCAGCAUCCCCUCCGUGGACCCCAGCCCAGACCCUGCCCUUCACUCACCCGCUUCCGGCGCUUCUUUGUCCUUUCUCCCUCUUGUUCAAUGCUCACGACUAUGAACUCCUACAACUCUACGAGCAAGGCGACGGAACUCGCCCGCUUCAAGGAUUUCUUCGCGCGUCUGAGGUCCGGGGACUUCGACGCCCUCGCCAAGGAGAUGCCCCCUUCCCCCACCAAGUCCCGGUCGACGAUCAGUGACCUCACGAGCCCACGGUCCUCGAUGUCGUCCGACGAGAGCGCAUGGCCUACCACCCCCGAGACGCGUCACCGCGCUCUCUCGACGAUCGGCGAUAGCGGUUCGGUCGCAAUCGCUGGGGAGGACCACGAAUUCACGUUCGAGCACGCGACGCACGGCUUCGAGUCCCUCGAGGAGAUGCGACGGCUGGCCGCCGAGGAGGUUGCGGCGUCGCAGAAGAGGUUCCAGCCCCUCCCCCUAGACCUUCGCUCGCGCAAGAUGUCUAUCGCGGUCUCCGAAUCCGAGGAGGAGGUCCGGGUCCCGAGGAGCCCCAAGAAGCCACGUGUGGCCGCCCAGUCGAACGGCCGUGAGGGGAAGGACGCGACGUACGAAACUACAGGGGCUUCUGAUGACCCCUUCGCUCGUAUUCCUCCGAGUCGUCCUCGAGGCGCGCAGGAGAUCCCUCAUACCAGGCAGGAGUCGGUCCACGAGUCGGACGAGGAUGAUACCGAGGAUGUCAGGCCCCCCUUGCUCAUCAGCGAGGUCCUCGCGUUGAACUUCUUGCGCGAGAUUCAGGAGAGAUCCCAGCUGUACUCGCCCAACAGGGAUGCGGACUUCUCUGGCCUGAGGCCCCCGACCAUGUUCCCGGCUCCUCGUCCUACCUUUGGCGUCGGCGAAACACGGGAGAGCAUUGCGACCCUCCAGGACCGUCCGAUGAAGCGUCGCCUCCAUGACUGGACGCUGGAUUUGGACCUAUGAAAAGGACACAUGGAUCAUCGCGCGCGGAGGUUGCUGCCUGCGCUCUCUAACCAAAAUUGCCGAUCCUCAUUAUGACCCGGCUGUAUGACUUCCUUCUUCUAACUUAUCCUCUUAUGUUGUCACGAUGGACUCGCUCACGUUAUCAUUGUACUCACAUCGCUGCCCUCCACCACGUCAAUGUCUCUCUAGUGUUGUUGCAUUAUCGGAUUGUAACUCCACGGGCUCAUCUGUAACCGUCUGUCUCGUCAAUCACAAUCUUGUUUCAUCGUUCUA